GGGCCUCCGCCUGCGCCGCCUGCGCAGAAAUCUUUGCCCAGUCCAAUCGAUCUCGCCGACCAAUCUCUUCCUGCUCCAUCUCCACAGAACUACGUCUUUUCGUUGCGAAGAAAGAAUUUUGUGCAAACGACCGUGCAGAGAACUAAGACUUGCCUUCGUAAGGCUCUGAUACUUCUGCUUCCUCUUGCCUGCACGAGAAUCGCCAUCGCGUUCAUGUGCUUCCCCAGCAUCUUCACCUCUCAAGAUUACAUUAGUGAUCACUUGUGGAAGGCCCAGGCAAACUAGCGGUCAGGAAGAAGGAAAAACAUACGAGUCAUAAUAUUUCAAGAUGUUUUCGAGGGCUUUGAAACAGUCAACUCUGGUGCCCAAGGCGGCCAACGUCUACUCGAGCGUCUCUGCUUUGCGAGCUCGGUCCCUGGCCACUGUGGCGGACAAUACUCCUCGACAGCAACAUCUGCCUGUCCACAAGCAGUUCAAGAGCACCUCCCCUUCUCGAGAAAGGGCGACGUUUACCAUCCGAAACGGACCCAUCUUUGACGGAGUGUCCUUUGGUGCCCGGAGCAACGUCUCAGGAGAAGCUGUGUUCACAACCUCUCUUGUGGGAUAUCCCGAGUCCCUCACCGACCCCUCCUACCGCGGCCAGAUUCUGGUCUUCACCCAACCCUUGAUCGGCAAUUAUGGUGUCCCAUCUAAUGCUCGAGAUGAGCAUGGACUUCUGAAAUAUUUCGAGAGCCCAAACAUUCAAGCCGUGGGAGUGGUCGUUGCGGAUGUGGCAGAGAAAUAUUCUCAUUGGACUGCAGUGGAGAGUCUGAGCGAAUGGUGUGCGAGGGAAGGUGUGCCAGCCAUCAGUGGUGUCGACACCCGAGCCAUUGUGACCUACCUACGGGAGCAAGGUUCUAGCCUGGCCAGAAUCACCAUCGGAGAGGAAUAUGACCAAGACCAGGAUGAGGCUUUCAUUGAUCCUGAGCAGAUCAAUCUUGUCCGAAAAGUCAGCACCAAGGCUCCUUUCCAUGUCAGCGCUGCGUCACCAAAUGCCCACGUCGCUGUGAUCGAUUGUGGAGUCAAGGAGAAUAUCCUCCGCAGUCUCGUCAGCCGGGGUGCUAGCGCCACUGUCUUCCCAUUCGACUACCCGAUCCACAAGGUCGCCCACCACUUCGACGGUGUUUUCAUCUCCAACGGUCCUGGUGACCCGACUCACUGCCAAGAUACUGUUUACCAUCUCCGAAAGUUGAUGGACGCCUCUCAAAUCCCUAUCAUGGGCAUCUGUUUGGGUCACCAGCUGCUCGCCUUGGCAACUGGAGCCAGGACUAUCAAGCUCAAGUACGGCAACCGAGCACACAACAUCCCAGCCCUUGAUCUCACGACCGGGAAAUGUCACAUCACCAGUCAGAAUCAUGGCUACGCUGUUGAUGCAUCAACUUUGCCCAAGGGCUGGAAGCCUUACUUCCUCAACUUGAACGACAACUCCAACGAAGGUCUCAUCCAUGAAUCUCGCCCCAUCUUCUCCACGCAGUUCCAUCCCGAAGCCAAGGGCGGCCCGCUUGACUCGUCGUACUUGUUCGAUAUGUACCUGGACAACGUCCAGAAAUACAGGGAGAACCAGGCGGCGUCUCAACCUUACCGGGACAGCAAGCCGAGCCCCCUGCUGGUCGAUCUCCUGGCCAAGGAGAGGGUGGGUGUCGAUCUGACCCAGGGCAUCCAGAACAUGAUGGCGUCGACCACGCAGGAACCCGAGCGCGUGUACGCAGCCGGUGCGGCUUAAUGAUCCAAAUCGAACGGGAUACGGAUAUGUGGCGUAACUUGGGAUUGGGUACCCCUUUUUUUUUGAUGUAGCAAGUUUCACAAAUUGACAUUUGAUUUGUUGUACGCCCCAUCACCUCAAGACUAUACGCCAUAACUCCUUCGCUACUGGCCCAUCGUGAUUCCACGUCGUAAAUGCAUCAACGCCACAUCAAAGGUCAAGAAAAACAUUGUUCAAACACUCGUGCCCGAUGCCACUGAUCAAUCCUCCGUACCCACUCCCACAUACUCCCC